AUGCCACCCGAAAGAACCCCACCCAUAAUCAUCCCUCCCACAACUCCACCAAGCGACCCUUCACAAUCCUCCGCCAUCAUCUUCAUCCAUGGCCUGGGCGAUGAUGCUUCAGGCGUACAAAGCAUAGCGCACCAAUUCCAGUCUGCACAAAAACUACCGCACAUGACCUGGGUCCUUCCCAAUGCCCUUGAGAACCAUGAUCUUGCAACCACAGCGUGGUACGUGCCCACGCGCCUAUCUCCGUAUCCGCCGUCACGCCCGGAACUCGAGGAUGAUGAAGACGAGGAAGGGAUCAUGGCUUCAUUAGAUUAUAUUGCUACUUUGGUUGAUGACCUUGUCGUGCAAGGCGUGCCGGAAAAGAGGAUUGUCGUGGGUGGUUUCUCCCAGGGCCAUGCUAUCGCUUUGUUGACUGGGCUUGUAUCAAAGUAUUCAGGGAGGCUUGGGGGACUGUUCGGGUUAUCUGGAUAUCUUCCGUUAUCUGAUCGUAUACCGAUGCUAAGAGAAAAGGCUGGAUUACCAAAGGACAUGGACGAUGAAGUAGAGGUCUUCCUAGCGAGGGGAACAAGUGAUAGACUAGUUCCUAAAUGGCAUCAUCGAUUAUGCUAUGAAAGACUCUUCGAACUCGGGGUCAAAGAGGAAAAGACGACGAUCAAAGAGUAUGAAAACAUGGGUCAUGUCAUGAGCGGCGCGGAGCUAAGAGACUUGUGCGCAUGGCUAGAAAAGACAUUACAAUGA